AAAAAAAACGCGUUUGUUGUUUGAGAACGAGGCGAGCAGAAGUCUGGGCGAAGACGAGCUAGUUAGCUGACUGUCUGCAUGGGAGAUGGAGGAGCAGGAGAGCGCUAUGGAAGAGGAUGCUCUGGACUCAAAGCCUCCACUGACUACUGAAGAGGAUGAGCCCAAACACACCGUCCUCCACGGGUCUCAUAUCACUGAAACACAACAGGAGCCCAGGGAACCUGCGCCUGAAGAGAAUGAGACGAAGCCACAGUUCUCCGAGCUGCUUGUUAUCAACAGCCUAGCUCCUCCAGACAACUGGGAACUAGUCCACACUGAUAUCAAACUUGAGGAACUGACAAAGACAGAAAUGCUGAUACUGUCGCAGACAGAGAAUCAGGCAGCGAUACAGACACAGGACCAGACACAGACCUCAUCACGGACAGAUGAGUUUAUCAUACUUGAUCAGAAUGGACAGCCACUACAGUGUGAACACAUGGUGCUAGUGACCAGUCAGUCAGACAACGGAGAGAUGUAUGUUAUCCCCUCUAAUCAGCUAGGAGGGGCUCAGGUGUUACUUCCUAGAGGACACCUACUGGACAUCAUAGACCCUACAGGAUCCCUCGGGGGGGAGAAGACUGCUGAUGAGAAAGAGCUUCACACCAUCACGUUAACAGCUGUUACGGAUGACAGAGGCAUAACAUCGGCUGCUGCUAAGAGCUCGGCACAGAGCUCUCAGGUCUGUUUCACCUCUCUGAAACCUCUCCCAGCCAACGCCCCCAACUGGGCCCUGAGGCUUCAUUAUGCUGAGAAGAUAGGUGACUCAUACCGCGGCUACUGUAACACCGACACAGAGCUGGAGACCAUCCUCCUGCUCCACAAGCAGCAGACCAACAGUGUGUUUGGGACACGCCAGUCCCCCUCCCCUGCCAAGCCUGCCAGCCGCCUGAUGUGGAAGUCCCAAUACGUACCUUACGAUGGCGUCCCGUUUGUCAAUGCAGGCAGUAGAGCUAUAGUGAUGGAAUGUCAGUAUGGUCCAAGGAGGAAAGGCCUCCAGCCCAAGAAGACUGCAGAGCAGAACAUCAGUCCGAACAUUGAUUACAAAGCUACAUGCCCUGCCAGGAUCUAUAUCAAGAAGGUGUGUAAGUUUCCUCAGCACCGGGUGCCUACGGAUCCUAACGUAGACAAGAGGGUUGUUCGUCAGGAACAGGAGAAAGCCUUCUUCAACCUCCGGAAGACCCUGUGUGACGUGGGCGGGGUCCUGAGGUACUACAUGCAGCUCCCCACCCAGAAAGCUCACCUCUAUCAUGACAUGGAGGCUCUCCUCCUGCCUCCUCCUCCAGACCUCCUCUUCCUCCCUAUGGAGGAGGAGGUGAAGCAGGAGGAGGAGGAGGAGAGGGGAUGUGUCUGUGAUGAAGGUGCGGAGGAUGGUGGAACCAUACCAUCUCGUCUCCACCCCAGGGUGGCAGAGAAGAUCAGGGAGUUGGUGGAGCAGGGGUACCAUCAGGUGUACCAGGUCCGCAAACAGCUCAGGCGGUUUGUGGAGCGGGAGAUGUUUAAAUCAGAGGAGGUCCCAGAGAGACAUAACCUCUGUUACUUCCCAACCGUCAACGACAUAAAGAACCACAUCCACGAGGCCCAGAAGACCUUGCAGCUGGCUGGGGGGGUCACCACUGAUAUAACACAGUGGACUGAAGUGGACCCAACGACUGUGACUCUGACCCUCACGCCAGCCCCUGCUGAAGUCUGUUCGGGUGCCUUCCAGAGAGUAGGAGUGUUGGAAGGGACUGACACGUUCAUUCCUGAGGCCGUACAGCUCUUCAGCUCUCUCAGCUCCCUGCAACCCAAGAUCUUUGCCCAGCUACAGGGUAUCCAGCUCCAACCAGGCCUGUGUUCUUUUGACGGAGGUCUGUCUCAGUCGUCUACAGUCACUACAGACUUCCUGGAGCUGCCCAGCCCCACACAGUUCCUCCAGUCCAGCCCCUCUCUGAGGGAAGCUAUGACCCUAGCUGACCCCUCAGUGGUUCUGGGCAUGGGUCAGGUGGUCAUGGUGUCAUCGUUAGGGGACGGACAAGUGGUCAGCGUGUCAUCUCUAGGGGACGAGAGCGUGGGGACACACCAGAUACUGUUGGAGGACGGACAGACCAUCCCUUUCCAGAUAGUGGCUCCUGCUAAUAUUGCUCUGAACAGUCCAGUUGAGGUCAAGGAGGAGGAGAUGAGGACGGAGGAGGACACUGUCAACCCUGUAGAUUGACACCAGGCCCUAUAGGGGUUGUACUCCAGGUACCCCAGGGUUGUACUCCAGGGGUGUAUCUCGUUCCUCACAGGGGUGUACUUCAGCCCUCACAGGGGUGUAUCUCGUUCCUCACAGGGGUGUACUUCAGCCCUCACAGGGGUGUAUCUCAUUCCUCACAGGGGUGUAUCUCAUUCCUCACAGGGGUGUAUCUCAUUUCUCACAGGGGUGUAUCUCAUUCCUCACAGGGGUGUAUCUCAUUCCUCACAGGGGUGUAUCUCAUUCCUCACAGGGGUGUAUCUCAUUCCUCACAGGGGUGUAUCUCAUUCCUCACAGGGGUGUAUCUCAUUCCUCACAGGGGUGUAUCUCAUUCCUCACAGGGGUGUAUCUCAUUCCUCACAGGGAUGUAUCUCAUUCCUCACAGGGAUGUAUCUCAUUCCUCACAGGGGUGUAUCCCAUCUUUACCAUAUACUUACUGUAAGAGCGGUUGGUUUUACCUCAGGACGGUCAUGUUUAUUGAUCACCUUUAUUGUACAAUUGACUGAAAGUGCAAUUUAUCCAGUGUUUUCUCCUUGUUAUAUGCUCUUUGAUAUCAUCACGAGGAACUUGUUUGCUAUCGCUUUAAAAUCAUGGAAUCCAACGAAUAUUGUAUAAUUACACAUAAAAAAAUAAAAAAGUAAACUAGGAGAACCCUGGAUGUAUCAAGUCGAUAUCAUGUGUAUAUAUUAGUGCAUAGGAAAUGUCUUUUUAAUAGAUUAACCAUAUAGGAGAACCCUGGAUGUAUCAAGUCGAUAUCAUGUGUAU